UUAGUCUACACGGUGUCUAACAUGUCUUAUCAAAACACAGUCAAUGAGUGUGAAGCAUAGAAAAAGAAUAUACAGUGAUAUGUACAUAAGGUCCUUGUUGUUGUUGUUUAUAUCACGAAGGGGUCGGUCGAGGUUUCUUGUUUAGGUCCACAGUGAGCAAAAAGAGCUGCAAAUAUGACAGCAAAUCCUGCAGCCAGCUCCCUUCAGAUCACACGCCAAGGUGAUGGCAGCUUCAUGUAUGAGUUCAGCGCUCACGGCCAGCAAGUUUUACACACGCUCAAUAAUUGUCGAAAUAGUCCAGAUUUGACUGACAUCACCAUUGCCGUGUCCAAUGAGGUGUUCAGGGCUCACAAACCAGUACUUAUUGCUUGCAGUGACUAUUUCAGAAACUUCUUUGCUGUCCAGAAACCUGAAAAUCCACAACAGGUUUUGGAGCUCAGCAAUAUAAAUCUAACCGGAUUCCAGCUCUUCCUCGAUUUCGCUUACACAUCCCGCCUCUCACUUUCCAUGGAAGUAGUGCAGGAUGUCUUAUCCGCUGCUGUAGUCCUGAAAGCAUCAUCCGUAAUGGAAGCCUGCUGCGAGUUCCUCAAGUCUCAGCUGACUGCAGAUAACUGUGUGGAUGUUAUCACUAUUGCAGAAACUUAUGGCCUAGCUGAGAUCAAACGACAAGCCAAUCGUAUGAUGUGUGAACGUCUGAUUGAAUUGUCACAAACAUACAAGCAGAAUCCACAAGUGUACGAGGAACCCAUGAAUGAAUUAAACGACGUUACUAACCAACUAGGCAGAAAGUUCCCACUGCCAUUAACAGUCAACCUUAGGUCAAAAACAUUGCCGGAUAUUCUUGACCAACCACCAGAAGCUGACAUCAUUGAUGUUGAUGUUGCCAUCAAUCCCCCAUCACCGAUGAGUUCAGAUAUAGAUGCAUCAGACAUUGCUGAUACUUACGAAGAGGAAUCUGAAAUACCGGUGGUUAAGUCUCCAUUACAACCGCCUCAAGUUUUUGAGGAGCCACCCAAGGUACCGCCGCGUAAAAAACGUGGACGAAAGCCAUUGCGUCGUUCAAUCAAUGUAGCGAAGGUUCAGAGAGCUUUAAAAGUGAAAAAGGAAGCUGCAGCCAAACUGAACAAUGACAAACGUAUAUACUGUUGUAAGUUUUGCAAUACUGAGUACAGUAAAUUACGUGAGUUACGUUUACACUAUGGUGAAGCACAUUCUCGAUGCACAAAGUGUACAAGGGUCUUCAGAUUUGCAGCAGACAUGGAAAGACAUAUGAAGUCCCAUCAGCGUCGAGAUUUUAGCCAAGGUCCCAAACGUUACGUGUGCACAUAUUGUGGUCGAAAUUGCGGAUAUUCAUCUGCUUUGAAGAUUCACAUUCGCACACAUACUGGCGAGAAACCUUUUGUAUGCCAAUUUUGUGAUCAACGUUUCAUUCAGUCUAUCAAUCUCCGGAGACACAUCCUUACAAAUCACGAAAAAGAGACGCCAUAUGAAUGUAAAACUUGUGGAAAAAAGUUCAGCGUGUACGUGUAUUUAAAAAGCCAUGAAGUUGUUCAUAGCACUGAAAGACCCUAUCAGUGUGAGACGUGUGGUGCAAUGUUUAAACGCAAAAGCGACUUGCGCAGUCAUAAUCGUGUACAUGUGGAAGAGAAACCACAUAAAUGCGACAUUUGUCAUUCCCAUUUCAAGACACAGAGCGACUUGAAGACGCAUCAAUUGAUACAUAAUGACGACAAACCACAUAAAUGUGACAAGUGCGGUGCUAGUUUCAAACGAACGGGACACUUGAACCGUCACAUGCAAAUCCACAGUAGUCAGAAACCCUUCCAGUGUGAAACGUGUGGCGCACAAUUUAAUAGGAGAGAGAACCUGAGAAGUCAUCAACGUAUACAUAGUGGGGAACAACCCUACAAAUGCAAAGUGUGUAAUGCUGUGUUUCGCCACAUGGGAAGUCUUAAGAUACAUGAGAAGAACCAUGAAGAAAGUAGUAGAAGUCCUCCACCUGCAGUUGUAUCGGAACCGGUAACGCUUAAUCAGGAUCCUAUAAGUACAUCUUCGUUGCAGCAUAUUACUCACCUUCUGACCAUGCAGGGCUUGACACCAUUCCACACGCAUCCAAAUCAGCAGUUGACAGCAGCUCAAAUCCAACACGGAGGCUUCCUACCACCAAGUGCUCCGCAGGUGGACAUGCCAAGCCCGGUUACAGUCACUGCAUCUCCACACUCCCUCACAUCAUCCGCCACUGUAUCUCUUCAACCGCUCAUGUCAAUGUCGAUCAACGCAUCGGCUGCUGGUCAGGUAGCGAUGACGCCGACCCCGCCACCUCACAAUCUAACGCCUACAUCCCAGUCCAUAAACCAGGCCACAUCACCAGGUAUGGGGCUGUCAGUGCAUGGCCAACAAACCCUGCACACGAUGAGUCCCCCUCCCCAUAUGCUGAACCACCCCAGCAUGACUGUCAUUCCUCAGACUCAAGUCAUGAUACCUCAGCAUUUACACCAUCAACAAGAUGUUACCAAGCUGAUGGAGAACAGCCACGUUCCCAUAACAACAUCCUAUAUUAUGCCUUAACAUAUGCACUUUCAUGCAGAACACAACUACUGUAAGUUAACUGUUCGGUGGUGUACUGUAACCUGAAAUUAUUUGGUACUUUACAACCGCAACAACAGGUUGUACAGGGGUCCCAAGUUGGAAGGUACUUCUUCCUGGAGAUCUGGUUUAAUAACAAAUCUAAUUUGUCCUUUUGUUGCAUGUGGUGAUGCCCAUUACCAGUUGACUUACAGAGAAGCAAUUGGUAAUACUGGUAAAAAGAUGCAAAAACAUCAAAUUUAUGGUUGGUUAGUCUCUACGAAACAGAUAAUGCCUUACUUGCGGAAAUGCGGAAGGCUAUUAUGAACCCUGGGAGUCUCCCACGGCUCGCAGAGACUUGGAACCUCUGAGAUGUAUGUGAGUGUCCGUCUUAAAGGUAAAGAAGUGUCAAUUUGAGGGAAUUUAAUAAAAAUUCUACUGUGGGAACUAUUAGAAAUCAAAAUCUGUGGUUAUAAUGAUUUCCCUUGAAAGAAGUGUAAUCUCUCGAAGGUUUUUCUUUUCUCAUAGAUACUUCAAUAUAUAUCAUGCCCUUAAAAUUACAUUGGUAUUGAGGUAUGAAUGGUUCACUUCUGCAGAGAAGUUCUACCAGGAAAUACCAAGCAAUGUGACUGCAACAGUACCGUGUGUACAGUAUGUAACUUUUGAUGUCGGUAUUAACUCUAGAAAUAUACAAUGAACUACAUUAAUAUUUUCUUCAAUUGAUUUUCAAACGAGUAGUGCCCUGUGUAGUUAAUUUUAGUAUUUAAAAAAUAAUAUUUAUCAUAUUUAUGUACAGUUUUGCAGUCCCUGUCAGAUCAUUGUGUGAAUUUUUUAGCCAUGCCCACUUUAAUAUUUAUUUAUUGAAUUGUAAAAGAAAUAUUAUAGAGGAAGUAGGUAUGGUUUAGUACAAGGAAGGGUGUGCUAAAAAGGUUUAGGUAUUAUAAAGCCAAAUAAGUGUGUGUAAUUUACAAGAUGAUGUUUACAGAUGGAAGCUAUAAACUUGAGUGAGGGAGUGGUUAAGUGUUGGAAAGGUGAGUGUGCUGAGCUGGUUUAUACUAAGGAGCUAAGAAAGGGAUAUAAUUUAAAGUGUAGAGAUAAUACAUAGGGUGUGGCAAGCUAUAUACAGUAGAACCCCUUUCUUUGGGACACACCCUUAUUAAGGGGACAUCCCUAUUAAGGAGACAUUUCUAGGGGACAAUGUUUUGGCCAGGAAAUGAAGGAAAUUAUAUCUUUUAACACUAUGGCCAACCCUUAAGCUGGACACCAAUUGCGUUGUACUCUGCUCCCUGUACGCGCUAGACAUGUGACGCUGUCUGCUAAUUGUCGGUGGCAGCCUGAACAGACCAUCAUUAAAAACGAUCCGUUCGCACAGGUUACAGCGUUACGUUCUCCAUAGAAUCGCGUAAGCCGACGAAAAUCGGGUGCAGUGAGACACUUAUUUUGUUUCUAAUGGUGUCCCCAGGGGUUCUGCUCUAUUCAACAGGGACAGUUCCAAUGGUGUCCCCAGGGGUUCUGCUCUAUUCAACAGGGACAGUUCCAAUGGUGUCCCCAGGGGUUCUGCUCUAUUCAACAGGGACAGUUUAAAGGGAGGAGCUUUAAAUAUUUUGUAGGAGGGAAUGGACUUGGGAUAAUAAAUUGGAAGAUGGUAAGCGUGUUUUUCUGAUGAUGCCAAAUAUGUAAUGCUAUAGCAUGCUAGAGUGUGACAUGUACGAGUAUGCGCAUUAAAGCUUGUGUUAAGCUCUGUUCACACUUUCAAAUUUCAUGUAACAAAUUCCUGUAAUCUGCUCAUAUAUGUGUCUGAUUCUUCAGCAACAUGCCCAUAUAUGGGUGUGAUACCUCAUUAUCAUGCCCAUAUGGGUGUGAUACCUGAGUAUGAUGCCCAUAUAUGGGUCUGAUACCUCAGUAUGAUGCCCAUAUAUGGGUGUGAUACCUUAUUAUCCUGCCCAUAUAUGGAUAUGAUACCUCAGUAUCAUGCCCAUAUAUUAGUGUAUACCUCAUUAUCAUGCCUAUAUGUGGGUGUGAUAACUCAUUAUGCCCAUAUGUGGAUGUGAUACCUCAUUAUGCCCAUAUAUGGGGUAAUACCUCAUCAUGCCCAUAUAUGGGUGUGAUACCUCAUUAUCAUGCCCAUAUAUGGAUGUGAUAUUUCAGUAUCAUGCCCAUAUAUGGGCAGGCAUAAUACAAUUCCAAGGUGUUCUUCCAUGAAGCUGUGAGCAUCAUACUCUCGAUAAUGUGGACAGACCUUAACUUUUAGUAGUUUAGGUAUCAAAAACAAUGAGCUGCAUUCAAAGAUUUUUGUAAUUUUGUGUUGUACUUGCAUGAAUUAUUGGCAGAGUGCCAAAGGUACAUUCAAUUUUAUUAAUAUAAACAUACUGUAUAUUAAUGAGCCCAUUCAAACACUAGUGAUUCAAUAGAUUUUGAAUAUUUGUUAUAUAAAUGAGCUCAUUCUGUGUUUGAAUAGAAUAUGAAUAUUCAUAAUUAAUUAAAUUGCUACAUUGCUGGUUGAAUCAGUUUUUUCUCCUAGCCACGAAAGCUUAAUUAAUCUUCUGCUAAUGGCGGUAGUGCUGUGGAAUCAUGGAUGGGUAUGCAUGUAAUCCUUUAUGGUUUUUUAAGGGUUUUUAAUGUCAAAUUGCUUUUUUUGUAAAUUAGAGUUUUACAUUUUUAAAUACAACUCAAAUAAAAUCAGUUGCACAUCAAGAGGUAAAUAAUAUUAAUUGUAAUGGGAAAAGUACUGUUAUGGGAAACAAUCAGUAAUCUUUUGAAAAUAAUUUGAAGAGAAUUGGUCCUUAAGCUGGGCAGGCUCCUGGUAAUUUUAUCAUAGAAUAUUUUAUUAAAUGCUCCUAAAAUGCUUCCUGAAAGGAAGACAUUUUGUGUGCCCCUUCUAAAGUUUUAUUCACACUAUCAAAUUUUCUUUGACAAAAAAAAAUGUUGUGUGACCAUAUAUAGUCAUGAUGUGCCUUUAUAUGGUCAUGAUGUGAUGUCAUCAUGACAAUAUUUAGGCAUGUCGCAUGUUUUUGUCAAAUAUAAUUUUACAGUCUGAACAAGGCCUUUAGGUCUAGUUUGACCUGAGAAAAUAUAUGUUGUUAAGCAUGUGGGAAAUAAUUUAGAUGCAAUUUAUUUAGGGGGAUUUCCCCGUUUGUAUUGUAUGUGUAUGCGACACCAGGUAAGACCGUUUACCUGUAGGUGCUAGUAUAGACAAGAGUUGCAUCUGAGUACCUCCACUAUGCUUGUCAUAGUCAAUCAAAAUGAAAUUCAAAAAGCAUAAAAAAACCCUCCAAUUCUAAUCAAAUAAAUGCAGUGCAUAUAUGGGGCUUGCUUCUCUGUACUAAAGUAUACAAUAUUGCCAUAUUACUCAGUAGAACAUUUAGUGACAGUACGCUGAUUUUAGGAUGGCAAGCUUCGUACAAGUUAAUUAAUAUCAGUGUGUAGUGAGACAAUGUAGAGUUUAAUUUGUCUGCUAACUUCCAGAGGGAUGGAGAAUUUUCACUAUAAAUGAUGUCAAUUAAAACAUUGUAAUACUUGAGUAACUUCCAGUGAGAGACAGUUUGGUUUAUGCUGAUUUACACUACGUUGUUAUAUGGGAAGUUGUCAGAACGGUAUGAUUUAUAGAUUUGUUACUAACAAUUCAGUGGUGGCUCCAGACAUUUGCCAAUGAGGAGUCUGAUAUAUCCGACAGCAGGGUCCAAAUCAAGGGGCUGACUAGAGCCUUGAUCACGGUCCCUAAAAUUUUUGGUAGGGUUCAUGGAGAGAUUUUAUGGCUUAGUAUGGUCCAAAUUGUGCUUUUAGACCACAAUAUUAGGAAUUGGCAAUGAAAAUGAAGUUUUGGAUAGGCAAAUUCAUAUUUUUGGUCCAACGGUGGGUGGUCCAGGCCUGACUGGGGUGGGUGUUGCCCUCCCUGCACCCCCACUGGAACAACCACUGAACUGUUUACAUCCAUUGUGCUUGCUUUAUUAUCGAUAAAACAGUUCUCUUCUAAUUUUCACCUAAAAAGUUAAUACCCUACUUUAUAUACCAAAUAAUUCAAAUAUUGGAUAUUAUUUGUAAGUUUUUAGCUUUAGACAGACAGUAUAUUUAAUUUUCAAGUCUGAAAAUUGGUUUGAAACUAAUGGUUCUUGGUAAAUGUUAGUAAGUUUUAUCCACAUGCCAAAUUUUGUGACAAUUAACAAUAACUGUGACAUGCCCAUAUAUGGGUACAUCACACACUUGUCACAGAAUGUGAUAGUGUGGACAUAGCUUUAGAGAUGCAUCUAUUUUACUAGUCUGGGGCAUUAUUUGGAGGUAGGGGGUGCGUGCAUACCAACUUGGUUGGGGCUGAGGUGAGAAUAUGGACUUCUAGGUGCCUGGAAAUUGCCUUCUCAUACCUUAAAAAUCUUACCGGUAAUUCAUGUUAACAAUACAAUUAUUUUUCGUUAAAAAAUUUAGGGGGUGUGAUCGCACUGUCCACACCCCCUUGUAUCUGCCCCUUCUAAUUAGGUCCAUAACCAGUAUUCUUUAAUGGGUUUCCAGUGAGAGGUAGAAGAUGACGUUCGCCUGGGAAAGAAGACUUGCUGGGCAGAUAAGAGAAAAAGUGUCUGGAAGAGUAGUAUAUCAUGUAAUGGUGAAUUCCAACAUCAUUUGAUAGUUUUUGAUGUCAAGUGGCAGGGGGGGUUUGAAAAUGAGGUUCAACUGAGCCAUAGAAACCCUUGGUUACUACAAUUUUGAUAUAAAGCUUUUAUCAUUUUUUUUUUACCCAUUAAGGUAGUCUGUAAAUAAACUGUGCUCUCUUAAUAUUA